UGAUUUGUGAUGGUGAAACGUCACUUCCGGCUCUGGGCCGCAUGAUGACGGUCACCAUGACAGAUAUGGCACAUUUCUGACUUAUCCUGGACGUGUGAAGUUACCCUUUCCCGAGUCCAGUCCAGCGUCAUUUGAAUAAUACAUGACCAGAACCGAAAUUGUUGUGACCCAAUCUGAACCGAAUCGCAGCUGAGCUGCGCUCGUUUAGCAACGUUAGCUCGUUAUUGCUAAUGUCGCCGAUCAUGGCGCUCCACAGGCUGUCCUUCCGACUACGGCCAGCGGUAACGCAUGUGAGGUGCCUUCACACCAGUGGGUGUGGGCAGCAGCAGGAGGCUGCGGCCGUGGAGUCAGAUUCGCCGCCGCUCUCAGUUUUCAGAACACAGGAGAAUGAUCCAGUGUGUCAGUCAGAGAGACAAAUCGGACAGUAUUACACACUGCCCUCUGCACACAUCCGCACUCUGUUCCCUCACGGCCUCCCUCGGCGCUACCAACUACAGAUGAAGACGUUUAAUGAGGCUUCUAUGAUGGUGAGGCAGCCGGCUCUAGAGGUCAUCUCUUACCUGAAGGCCGCCGACUACAGCAAACCUUCUCUACGCUAUUUAUUCUAUGGGUUGAAGGGCAGUGGGAAGACGAUGUCUCUCUGUCACACACUCCACUUCUGCUACACGCAGGGAUGGUUGGUGCUGCAUGUUCCUGAUGCUCACAUCUGGGUGAAGAACUGCAAAGAGCUGCUGCCCUCCUCCUAUAACACCUCCCGCUUUGAUCAACCAUUACAAGCCUCCGAAUGGUUGCGCAACUUCAGAAACACCAACGAGCACUUCCUUUCAAAGAUAAAGACACGGCAGCGCUAUUCAUGGACAAAGAGAGAGUUCACUGAGGAGGGAAGUCCACUCGGCCAGCUGGUGGAUCAGGGAAUAUCUCGCGUGAAGAGCAGCAGUGACGUGGUGGGAGCCGUGAUGAAGGAGCUGAGGGCGCAAAGCGGGCAGCCGGAGUCAAACUUCCGCCUGGCUCUGGCUGUUGACGGCGUCAACGCCCUGUGGGGAAGAUCCACCAUCAGGAAGGAGGAUAAGAGCACGGUGGAUCCGGAGGAGCUCACUUUGGUUCACAACCUCAAAAAGCUGAUGACGAAAAGCUGGACUGGAGGCGCCAUCAUCACCACUUUGUCUCAGACGGGAUCUCUCUUCACCCCAAAAUCCUCCUAUUUGCCUCAAGAGCUGCUGGGGGAGAGGGGGUUUGACAGCAUGGACCCGUUCAUCCCGGUGUCUGUGCCCAACUACAGCGAGAAGGAGUUUGAGAGCUGUUACCUCUAUUAUAUGGACCGCCAGUGGCUGCAGCAUCCACAGGGUCGAACGGAGGAAGGAAAGAAAGAACUCAUCUUUUUAAGCAACAGAAAUCCAUCAAUGUUGGACAGAAUUUGUGCCUUCCUAUGAAGACUUAAAUCCCAGACGCACACUGCUUUUAAAACACACAAAUAUCAGUGUUCUAGAAAUACAUAUGUAUACAAAUGUCCAUACCUAUAAUGUCUGUAAAUGAUGAUGCAUGUGUGUAACUUUGAUAAUAAAAUGAAUGAAUCGAAUAAAGUCUUAUAAAAUUCGA